AUGGCAAGGUCUCCUCCUCGUGAUUCCCAAACUGUUUCAAAAAGCAAAAGAGACAGAACACAAAAAGAGAACAAGACAGAAAACAAAGAGAACAAGACAGAACACAAAGAGAACAAGACAGAACACAAAGAGAACAAGACAGAACAAAAAGAGAACAAGACAGAACACAAAGAGAACAAGACAGAACACAAAGAGAACAAGACAGAACAAAAAGAGAACAAGACAGAACAAAAAGAGAACAAGACAGAACACAAAGAGAACAAGACAGAACAAGACAGAACAAGACAGAACAAAAAGAGAACAAGACAGAACAAAAAGAGAACAAGACAGAACACAAAGAGAACAAGACAGAACAAAAAGAGAACAAGACAGAACACAAAGAGAACAAGACAGAACAAAAAGAGAACAAGACAGAACACAAAGAGAACAAGACAGAACACAAAAAGAGAACAAGACAGAACACAAAAAGAGAACAAGACAGAAAACAAAGAGAACAAGACAGAACACAAAGAGAACAAGACAGAACAAAAAGAGAACAAGACAGAACACAAAGAGAACAAGACAGAACAAAAAGAGAACAAGACAGAACACAAAGAGAACAAGACAGAACAAGACAGAACAAGACAGAACAAAAAGAGAACAAGACAGAACAAAAAGAGAACAAGACAGAACACAAAGAGAACAAGACAGAACACAAAGAGAACAAGACAGAACAAAAAGAGAACAAGACAGAACAAAAAGAGAACACAAAGAGAACACAAAGAGAACAAGACAGAACAAAGAGAACAAGACAGAACACAAAGAGAACAAGACAGAACACAAAGAGAACAAGACAGAACACAAAGAGAACAAGACAGAACACAAAGAGAACAAGACAGAACACAAAGAGAACAAGACAGAACACAAAGAGAACAAGACAGAACACAAAGAGAACAAGACAGAACACAAAGAGAACAAGACAGAACACAAAGAGAACAAGACAGAACAAAAAGAGAACAAGACAGAACACAAAUAGAAGAAUCCACAGAGAGACACAUAUUUCCCUCAGAUUACACAGACCCACAAAGAAUUUGAAAACAAACCUAAUUUUGAUAAACUCCCAUAAAUAUUGGGUGAAAUACCAGUGUGCCAUCACAGCAGCAAGAUUUAUGACCUGUUGUAAAUACAACCCAUAUUUAUGUUUAUUUAUUUUCCCUUUUGUACUUUAUAACUAUUUGUACAUAACAUUUAAAGUGUC